AUGUUCUUGCUGGCUUCAAAAUGUAUAAUUAUUAUAAAGUAUUGUAAAAUUCCGAUAUAUUUUAUCUUAAUACUUAUUUCAUGUAUUGUCGUAUUGUAUAUUUUUGCAAAAAUAUUAUUCGAAUGUAUAUUCUACUAUUCAUAUUGCGGACUUAUUUUUAAAUCGAGUUUUAUGAACGCAUAUGUAGCUCAAUCUAUUUAUUAA